CGAAGUUAGUCUGGUUUCGUAGACAGGCCCUUAAACACAUUCUCGUGUUGUGUCUAUGUGUGCAAUCUUUAUUCCAAGUGCUCUGAAAUUUCAAUAGCGUCCAGUGGUUACCAGGCGUGUUAUAAAUUUGUUUCAGUAAACUAGACAAUUUACGAACAUCCUCGACAAUGCUCACGGCCAAGCAGACCGACUUGAAGAUGAUGGACUGCGGCACGGAGAUGCUGCCCGAGUCGCGUUCGAGCUCCAAUACGGAUCUGAAUACUCUGGCGGAGAUGGAUCUGCGCAGGCCCCUCAAGGAGAUCGUUGAUCUGCGCUUGAAGCAUCCUCUGGAGCACACCUGGACGCUCUGGUACCUGGAGAACGAUCGCAGCAAGUCCUGGGAGGACAUGCAGAACGAGAUCACUAGCUUCGAUAUGGUCGAGGACUUUUGGAGUCUGUACAAUCACAUAAAGCCACCAUCCGAGAUUAAAGUCGGCAGCGAUUAUUCUUUGUUUAAGAAGGGCAUACAGCCCAUGUGGGAGGAUGAUGCCAACAAGUUUGGCGGCCGCUGGGUCAUCAAUAUGGGGCGUGGCUCCAAACUGGAGCUCGACAAACUCUGGCUGGAUGUGCUACUCAUACUGAUUGGCGAGGCCUUUGAGCACACUGAAGAAGUCUGCGGCGCUGUUAUCAACUUGCGCGGCAAGAGCAACAAAAUUUCAAUUUGGACCGCCAACGGGCACAACGAGCUGGCCGUCAUGGAGAUUGGACUCAAGCUACGCGACCUGCUCGUCCUGCCGCCCCACCAGCUGCAGUACCAGCUGCACAAGGACUCGAUGUCCAAGCAGGGAUCGGUGGUCAAAGCGGUUUAUUGCGUGUAAGCCGCCCUGGUCGUUGAUGCCCCCAACCAACGUAAAACAACCAACCAACCCACAUCCACUUCUUCCAUGGCCGCCACCGUCGGUUGCUGUUUUCAGCGCGUGUAUUCCAAAAACGUAAAAAAAAUGUAUCUUGACACAGAACGGGUUUUAUGAAUUUGACCAUGUUAAAAAUUACAAAACAAGCUGUAAAUAUAUAGGGUUCUAUAUGUGA